CUUGUGGAUAUACUUGAUAUAGACUAGCACAGGUCACAUCCAAAAGACUAAUAAACUAUCAUUUACAUUUAAUUACAUAGAUCCUAGAUCUAGAAUGGGCAUAUUAUAUAGACUCUAGACGAGUGUCUAUGGACUGUGGUCACAAAUUAGAAUUCUAGAUUGACUAGAUUUAGAUUUUAGAUGUAGUCGUAGUCACAUGUACAUUGUACUGAUCAUACUGAUCAUCUUCUUGAAGAAAAUGAUAUUGUUCUUAUAUCCGAGUGGCCUAUAACUGACUCAAAUUUACAAAACCAAACUGUGGACAGUGUGGUCCAAAGCAUUACCAGGACUGAACUAAGUUCCUUUUUAUCAAUAAAUGAAAAUGCCGACUAUGAAAAGAGAAUAUUUUUCAGUCAAGGAGACAGCUGCAUAGACUACAAAGAUAUAAGUCAUUCAAAUAAAAAGCAAAAACUUAUUCAUAGACCUAUAUGUAGAGAGCUUAAAGAACCUUUUGUUUCUGUCCGUGUUGCAAAAUGGUUGCGUAGAAAUAGCAUUCAGUUAUCUGCUGAUCCGAAGGCAACAAGCCCGAAUACGAAACUUUUCAAUGUGUCAAGGUCUGAACAAUGUGUUCAGUUUUUAAAAGAGGAAAGAGAUGAUCUACUUAGGAAAUGUAGCAUGCCAGAUUUUAACAACAGAGAUGAUAUCCAUGCAGCUUUAGCUAGUAUAGAAGAUUGGCUGCAGAACUACAAUGAAGCACUUGUCCAUAUCAAACAUGCUAUUGCUUCAAGUCCUGACAACAAAGAAUAUCUGUGGCUCAAAAAGAAACUUAAGAGGCAGUGUAAUGUACAACAAUACCAGAUCCAGAAAUUAAAAGCUAUAAAAAAUAUGACUCCUAAAUUACCAGACUUUAUCCAGGUUGAACGGGUUUCCUGCAAAGAGCUGACAGUAGAAGAUUUCACAAGAUGCUAUGUUGACAGACGACAGCCAGUUAUAAUUGUGGAUCUCCUCUCAGAAAUAACUAACAAAACCUGGGAUUUUGAGUUUGUGAAAUCUAUAGCUGGGUCGCUGAAGGUGACAGUGAAACAAGCUGUACCAAAGUCAGUAGAGUGGGCUCAGCUAGAAGACAGCCGUACUGUUGUGGUAGCAGAGUUCAUUGAAGCUGUUCAGAAGAAUGAGACUUCAGAAUAUUUGUUUGAUUGGAGUUUGCCAUUGCACUGCCCUGACCUAGCCAAAGAGUUUGUCAUACCCAACUAUUUUGAUGAUAAUUUUCUGCUUAAAACAUCACCUGGUUCUUUAUAUCGAGAUAGCUGGCCAAGUCUUUUUAUUGCACCUAAAGGAGUCAACAGUAAUCUCCAUGUUGAUGCUUUUGCUUCUAACUUCUGGAUGGUAUUAUUUCAAGGCCAGAAAAGAUGGACAUUUUUUGAUGCUGAUGAUGCUCCCUUGUUGUAUCCAGUAUACUUUCAUUCUAUGGACCCAGUCUUCAGUGUGGAUUUAUCUCAACCAGAUGUGGAAACAUUUCCUCUAUUUUCACUCACCAAACCAAGACAAUGUAUUCUCAACCCAGGUGAGCUUUUGUUUGUGCCUUCUGGCAGCCCACACUAUGUUGAAAAUUUGACCUCAACUUUAGCUCUCUCAUCCAACUAUGUCAGUUGGUCUAAUUAUACACAGGUCUGCAAAGAACUAAAAAUAAACAGCCUUAAUGACCCAAGGUCUCAAGACCUUUUACAACAGCUUGAAAAUCCUGCAUUUACUAAUAAUAGGCUCAGAAAAUAAAAACUUUUCACUUAUUUGUUA